UGUGAAUCAAGAGCAGACGAAAGAAUGCAGUCUGAAAAAGGUUUUAGUUGGGAUGUAGAAAUUACACUGUGCGGGCGAAAUGCUCCGUGAUCUCCCCCCCAUUCUGAUGCAUCCAUUUGUAGACGACUUGUACAUCUUCGUUUUCUUUAUCCGAGCUAGCGUCUGGCACAAAACUCUUCAGAAGGAUAGUUCUGAUAUUGCUUGACAUUUUUGUUGCACUGUUAACGUUAACUCUGGGUUGUGAGGGGCUGUGAGCUAGUGGGAGACAGUGUAAACGGAGAACUCUCAACAAAGGGGAGGGGAAGGGAGGUGGGGUUGCUACACGCCAAUGUUUUCUGCCUAGAAAAUGACCCGUUUUUUAAAAUUUUGCCUAAAAUCGUAACUGGGAACGCUUUUAUAAUUUAUCAAAAAUAAUCGGAGUUGGUCUUCAAAUAAUUCCAAUGGGAGGAGGAGAUGAACAUUGGCAAUUGUAUCGAUUUAAUCAUUCUGGCAAAAUUACAAAGCCGUUUUGGAAAAAGUGUUGAUUAAAGACAGAAGACGGGGUCGCCAACAGUUGCGGUGGUAGGCCCUCUUUUGGAAUGUCCCAUCUUCUAGUCUUUACCUAAAGCAUACAUAGCUCAUUAUUGGUAUCAUCAAAACUAAAUAAAAUAGGCUGAGGGGCCCUGUAAAUGUAAUGGCUGGAAAAGCCAGAACCCCCCUCCCACACCCCCCCAAACCGACCAGCAGACCAACACAGUGAACCUACAGGAGCCCUGCCGCAGCUGCUCCCACACUCUGGGCGAUCACGUGAGCCAUCUAGAAAAUAUAUCGGAAGAGGAAAUGAACCGACUCCUAGGUGUCGUCCUGGACGUGGAAUACCUGUACACGUGUGUCCACAAAGAGGAGGAUGCUGACACUAAACAAGUCUACUUUUCACUGUUUAAGCUUUUAAGGAAAUCCAUCUUGCAGAUGGGUAAACCGAUGUUGGAAGCACAAGAGAGUCCUCCUUUUGAAAAACCCAGCAUUGAACAGGGAGUGAACAACUUUGUCCAGUACAAAUUUAGCCAUCUACCAUCAAAAGAGCGUCAAACCAUCAUGGAGCUGGCGAAGAUGUUUCUUAACCAAAUCAACUACUGGCAGCUGGAAACACCGUCUCAAAGGCGCCAGAGGGUUCCGAACGAGGAAACGGCGGGAUACAAAGUCAACUACACCAGGUGGCUGUGCUACUGCAAUGUGCCCCAGUUCUGCGACAGCCUGCCGCGGUACGAAACCACCCAGAUCUUCGGUCGGACGCUGUUGCGUUCUGUGUUCACCAUCAUGAGGAAGCAGCUGCUGGAGCAGGCCAGGCAGGAGAAGGACAAGCUGCCCCCAGAGAAGCGCACGCUCAUUCUGACACACUUUCCAAAGUUCUUGUCGAUGUUGGAGGAGGAGGUGUACAGUCACAGCUCUCCUAUCUGGAGUCUGGAGUUUUUGGCAGGAACUACAGGCGGGCAGAUUCCCGUUCAGACUGUGAUCAGCGCACCCCCAGUGACGAGGUCACUGUACUACAGCGCCAGUCCGGUUUCGGUGGAGCCAUCCACAUGCGGAAGCGUCAGUCCUGCCAGGAAACCCAACCCUACUUUGGAGUCGAACCCAGUCGUAGUGGGAGAAAAACGCAAAGCCUCUGAACCCCUUCACCACGAAGAAAACAAAAGACCACGGGUGAUGGGUGACAUCCCCAUGGAUCUCAUCAACGAAGUCAUGGCGACCAUCACCGACCCUGCCACCAUUCCAGAGACAAGUCUACUGUCUGCUCAUUCGGCUCGUGACGAAGCUGCGCGCCUUGAGGAGCGGCGAGGAGUGAUUGAGUUCCACGUCAUCGGGAACUCGCUGAACCAAAAGCCCAACAAAAGGAUCUUGAUGUGGCUGGUGGGGCUUCAGAAUGUGUUCUCGCACCAGCUGCCCCGCAUGCCCAAAGAGUACAUCACACGGCUGGUGUUUGACCCGAAGCACAAGACGCUGUCAUUAAUCAAGGACGGGCGUGUGAUUGGAGGAAUCUGCUUCCGGAUGUUUCCGUCGCAGGGUUUCACAGAGAUCGUCUUUUGUGCGGUCACAUCUAACGAACAAGUUAAAGGCUACGGAACCCACCUGAUGAACCACCUGAAGGAAUACCACAUUAAGCAUGAAAUUCUCAACUUCCUCACGUAUGCCGACGAGUACGCCAUCGGGUACUUUAAGAAACAGGGUUUUUCAAAGGACAUCAAAGUUCCCAAGUCGAAGUAUGUGGGCUACAUCAAGGACUACGAAGGAGCCACGCUCAUGGGCUGUGAACUCAAUCCCAGCAUCCCGUACACCGAGUUCUCGGUGAUCAUCAAAAAGCAGAAGGAGAUCAUUAAGAAGCUGAUCGAAAGGAAGCAGGCUCAGAUCAGAAAGGUCUACCCAGGACUGUCCUGUUUUAAGGACGGAGUCCGGCAGAUUCCCAUCGAGAGCAUUCCUGGCAUACGCGAAACUGGAUGGAAGCCUGCAGGUAAAGGGAAGGAACUGAAGGAUCCAGAGCAACUGUACACCACUCUGAAGUCCAUCCUCCAGCAUGUGAAGAGCCACCAAAACGCCUGGCCCUUCAUGGAACCCGUGAAGAAAACAGAGGCACCGGGUUACUACCAAGUCAUUCGCUUUCCCAUGGACCUGAAAACCAUGAGCGAGCGCCUGAAGAGCAGGUACUACACCACGCGCAAGCUGUUCAUGGCCGACAUGCAGCGCAUCUUCACCAACUGCCGGGAAUACAACCCACCGGAAAGCGAGUACUACAAGUGCGCUAACCUACUGGAGAAAUUCUUCUACGGCAAGAUCAAGGAAGCAGGUCUCAUUGAGAAGUAGAUGACGGGGAAGCUGCUUCCCCUUUGAGAAGGGUGGGGGACGUCCCAAAAAGGUAGAACUACUGAGGAACAUCUCGUGAUCUCCAAUCAGCAAAUCCUUGAUAAGUACCUUUAUUUUGAAAGGCAAAGAAAUACUCUUAAAGGUAUUAAGUCUUUUUUGUGUUUGGAUGAACAAAUAGGACUUAUUUAAAGGUCUUGUAACACAGCCUCUACGUACAUUUUGCGAAUUUUCCCUGUAUGAAAUUUUGGUCUUUCGUGAUACAUGCGUGAUAUAGUCAUUCACAAGUGUUUCUUGUGUUUUUCAUUCAUGUGCGCAGCCGGUCGAGGGUUUCACGCGAAUUUGGUGUUGAGCCGUUCAAAACUUUUGGUCGGUUUAGAAUUAAGCAGUUUGUGUGAUUUGCGUUCAUACGCAUUACAUAAACCGUACACAAUUGUGUGUGAUUUUUGCAAGAUGCACAUGCAUAUUUGUAGCUUUCCACAAAACGUUCCACGUAUGUCUAACGGACUUUUCACAUGAACCACGAUGUGUGACUUUUAAAUUGCGUAUACAGCACAUAUAUCACGUUAAAAUUAUGUAACUGACGCACAAAUUUUGGGCCAGCUUUGGCUUUUGCGCUGAUUUAUGUGUUCUUUGCGUGGUUUAUUCGUACUUCUUUCGUGGUUUUAACGUGGUUCAUUCUUGAUACAUCUGUGAACAUUUCACAUAAAGACCACUACUUGCACAUUUACUCACGUAUGACCAUUUUUCAUCCAUGCAAUAUGCGCUAAAUGUACGUAGUGGCUGUGACACCACCUUAACAGAGAAGUGCUGUUGUCGUCCAUAUUUGACACUAAAAAGGCAGCAGAAAAUGACUAAAAUAUUGUUUUUUUUACACUGCCUAUUACACUCACUUGACUCAGGUAAAGCAGUCACGUGAAGGACCUUUUUUCUGUGUGGAAACGGCGGUCAAAGUGUUUAACCGUGAAGUAAAGUUGAUGUACAGCAGCACUAAGGUCAAAAUCUACGAGUUCAUUUUGCCAAUUACAGGAAAUCAUAACUGAAGAUGUACAGAUUGUAAUGAAUUGUAAGCACUUAUGCCAUCUGUAUAUUUUAAAUAUAUAUAUAAAUACAGUAUAUUUUCUUUUCCAGAACUAUUUUUUCCAGCAAGCCACAAAAAGGCAGUUUGACUAUCAGAAAGCACUUUUUGGUUUUAUUUUUUUCCAAGUAUUAGUUCAUAUACUUUAAGCUUUGUCUGGACAUAAAAAUGACAGUAAUCUAAAGGACUACUUUAAUUAUCUUAGUUUAUUCUUAUUUAUGUGCUUUAAUUUAGAGAAAAAAAUUAUUGCGCUUAAGACAAUGUCUUAAUUUAUUUUCUUAUUUUUGAAAUACAAAGAUGAAAAACUUUAUACUUUAGAGAUGAUGGAAAAGGUGCAAUACAAUGUUUUUUGUUUUGUUUUGUAAAGAAGCAGUUUGUACUUUUCAAAACUUUUUUUAAUGUCUAGAAAAAAAGAAAAUAAUUCUCUUUGUACAAUUGGUUUUAAUAACAUUGAAGUAGCUUAUUUUACAGACUAAAUAAAUGAAUAUGAUGCUAA